AUGACACCACAUCGCCACAAAAGUUGGACCAUCACUCUACAACGGUUUGCUGAUAUCAUGAAAAAGCACUUUCCCUCACUCAAGGGGCAGCUCCCCGUUGGAAGGACCGAGGAGCAUGAGGUACUUGGUAUGGGUAGCAGCAAAGCAAUCAGAGAUCUUGGGUUGGCUCUAAGGAGUCUGAAAGAGACGGUUGUGGACACCGUGCAUCGGCGUUUGGAAAUUGAGAAGACUGAGCAUUAA